CCACAAUUAUUAAAUGAAUCAAUCUCACAGGCUCCUCCAAAACCCAAAACCAAACAUAAAAAACUAGCCGUUACUCCUCUCUCUCUCUCUCUCUGGGACUCUGUUUCUCUCCAAUGGCUGCUUCAGUCGACACUCCAUCACCGGUUCAACUCAACAAGGACUCCUCCAUCUUCUUCACUGCUUCCGCUUCUUCUCCUCUCUUCACUCCCUCCUCCGAUAAGCGCUUCUGGAGCUCUCUACAGACCCGAAUCGAUUCCAUUCUCCAAGACCGCAACUCCAGAAUCCCAAUGGCUCAAAACCCACCAAAUCCUGAUCCUUCUCUACAUAUGAAUGUUGGAGAAGCGAAACGUGGGAGAGGAUUGAAGGAAGACUCGAUGCUUUUGAUGAGAGGGUUUGAUUCGAUUGCUCACACUCUGUCUCAGCUGUCUGACACUUUAGACAAUGCUCUUCAGGGAGUUAAUGAUCUAGCUAAGCCACCCACAUUGACAGAGAUAUUCCACAGCCAAUUGAGCAACUCAGAGAGCAAAGAGGAGGGCUCAGAAGAACAACAACAACAGAAGGCAGAAGAGUCACAUGUAGGAUUGAAGAGGAAGUACGACAACAGUCAUUGCUUGGAGGAACAAGGGGAUGGUGAUGAUUCACAACAUGAAAAUGAGCAAGGCCCAAAAGAUGGGAAGCUGAAGAAAGCCAAAAAUCUGGCAAUUUCUAUGGCAACGAAGGCGGCUUCAUUUGCUAGGGAACUCAAGUUGAUUAGGUCGGAUUUAUCGUUUAUGCAAGAGCGGUGUGUUUUGCUGGAGGAGGAGAAUAGGAGGCUCAGAGAUGGAUUUGACAAGGGGUUGAGGCCUGAGGAAGAUGAUUUGGUGAGGCUUCAAUUGGAGGCACUGCUAGCUGAGAAAUCAAGAUUAGCAAAUGAGAAUGCAAAUCUGGUUAGAGAAAACCAAUGCCUCCACCAACUUGUGGAGUACCACCAGCUUACCUCUCAAGACCUGUCUGCUUCAUCAUAUGAACAAGUUAUACAAGGGUUGUGCUUAGACUUCUCGUCUCCACCGCCACCAAUACCAGAAGAGGAGGCAGCAAACGAUGAAGAGAGUUUAGAAUCUGAAGAUGAUGCAACAACCCCAAGAACUAAUCUUUUUGGCUUACACUCAUCUUUUGUUAGCAAGGUUGACAAUACAGGCCCUGCAGCCUGA